AACACUCGGCCAUUUCGACUGCACCGCCGUCGUACUUGAGUGUCACGGCUGCUCAGCAUUGUCCGCCAGAACCAACGCCUCCUUGCCCACAGUAAAAGAUGAGUGAUACCCUGAUUUCGUUUGGCAAGGACUUCUUGGCCGGUGGCAUUGCGGCUGCCAUUUCCAAAACAGCUGUUGCCCCCAUCGAAAGAGUCAAGCUUCUUCUUCAGGUGCAGCAUGCCAGCAAACAGAUCACCGUCGAUAAGCAGUACAAGGGCAUUAUGGACUGCGUCGUCCGCAUUCCUAAGGAGCAGGGCUUCAUGUCAUUCUGGAGGGGUAACUUGGCCAAUGUCAUCAGAUACUUCCCCACCCAAGCCCUCAACUUCGCCUUCAAGGACAAGUACAAGAAGGUCUUCCUGGAUGGCGUUGACAAGCAUACCCAGUUCUGGCGGUACUUUGCUGGUAACCUGGCCUCUGGUGGAGCUGCCGGCGCCACCUCUCUGUGUUUCGUCUACCCGCUCGACUUCGCCAGAACCCGGCUGGCCGCCGACGUUGGCAAGUCUGGCGAGAGGGAGUUCUCCGGGCUGGGCAACUGCUUGGUGAAGGUGUUCAGGUCUGACGGUUUGAAGGGCCUGUACCAGGGCUUCAAUGUUUCAGUCCAGGGCAUUAUCAUCUACAGAGCUGCCUACUUCGGCAUCUAUGACACUGCUAAAGGUAUGCUGCCAGAUCCCAAGAACACCCACAUUGUUGUGAGCUGGAUGAUUGCUCAGUCAGUCACUGCAGUGGCCGGACUUACGUCCUACCCCUUCGACACCGUUCGCCGUCGUAUGAUGAUGCAGUCCGGGCGCAAAGGAGCUGACAUCAUGUACUCCGGCACAAUCGACUGCUGGAAGAAAAUUGCCCGCGAUGAAGGUGGCAAGGCCUUCUUCAAGGGAGCCUGGUCCAAUGUUCUCCGAGGCAUGGGUGGUGCCUUUGUGUUGGUCUUGUACGACGAGCUCAAGAAGGUCAUCUAAAUCCUGUUUUGUAUGUCCGCCAUUAAUGUUGUUCAAUGGUGUUAUCUGUAACAUAUCUUGUACAUUUGGAGGACUGUCAAAAUUCCGCCUUAUUUAUAGGGACCAACUAGUGCUCACUGCUAGUUGCACAGGGGGAAUGUCAUGCGUUUCUUUCGCCCCACUUGAUCUGUUUUCUUCCAUCAAUGUCAUUCCCACAACCCUGUUGGGCACAAAAAACGUCUACCUUUUCAUCCAGCCAGUCUGUUUUAGUCUGUACUUUAAUAAAUUUACCCUUCUGAUUGAACCUA